AUGACCCACAACAUCCCCUCAAUUACUCUCCUCUGCAUGGAAAAGAAAUUCAUAAGCGCCCUAGAAUCCGCCCUCCCAAAGCACUGGCAUGCCUACGACUCCACCUCCCCCAAGCCCAAAAUCUCCCUAACAACCCUGCACGAAUCCCUCCGCACCGUCCCCGAAACCACAAAAUUUGACCUCAUCGUCUCCCCCGCCAACUCCUACGGCCUGCUGGAUGGCGCCUUCGACGACGCUAUCUCGCGGUCCUUCUGCGUGAGGCAGAAAUUGCCGUAUGAGACGCUCACUCACGCAGUGCAGGACGUGCUGUAUGAGAAGUAUCGUGGGUUUGCGCCACCGGGAUCGUGUACGCUUGUGCGGUUUCCGGAGAAGAUGUUGGAGAAGAAGCAUAUGAAUGAGUGGGGGUGUAAAUGGAUUGCGAUCUGUCCGACGAUGCGGCUUCCUACGAACGUGGUUUGGGAUCGGGAGGUGGUUUAUGAGUGUGUAUGGAGUUUGCUGUGUGAGGUUGAGAGGCAUAAUCGGGGGCAGGAGGAGGAUAUGCAUGCUGGGAGGGGGAGGAAGGGGAAGGAUCGGAUUGAGACAGUGCUUAUGACGCCUAUGGCCACUGGAAUUGGGAGGGUUAGUCCGGAGAGGUGGGCGGCGCAGGUAGUGUUAGCGAUGAAGCAUUUUGUGGAUGCGGUUGAGAGGCCGGAGAGGUGGGGGCGGCUGACUUGGAUGGAGUUGGGAAAGGAUGCGCAGGAGGUAUCGAACACGCAUUAG